AUGAGCACGGUUAGAACGCCGUUUGUUGCACGCGACAUGCUUGCCAUGGUAAAAAAGAGUGGCAAGGAGAGAGAGAAGAGGGCAAGGGUGGCUUUGACGCAUGAUCUAAAAGGAUGCAGCACUGCUGUCUUGCCACAAGCUCUGCGGUAUAAGCCGGGAAAUGAGCUUUUGCAAUUUUGGGGUAUGAGUUACGGCGCCUUCCUCGGCGGCACCUUCGCAAGUCUCUAUCCCGAACGCGUUGGACGAAUGAUUGUUGACGGAUGUGGCGACUGGGUCGACAAUGCGUCGGGAAAGUUCCAAGGCUACCUCAUCGACACGGAAAGGGAGUGGCACGAGUUCUUCAAUCUCUGCUAUGCCGCUGGGCCGGAGAAGUGCGCUUUAUAUGACGAGAAAGGCCCUGUUGCCAUGCAGCAGUCGAUCGACAAGCUUCUCAGCGACCUCAAAACCCACCCGAUCGUGGUUUCGAAAGAAGACAUGUUGUUUCCCGAAGUCUUUGCCGAGACACACCUCUUUCAGGCGAUAUUCAAAUCCUUGUACCGUCCGUACCGAUCGCAAACUUGGGUCACACUUGUAGAGACCUUGGCAGGGCUGAUCAACGGCACAAUCGCCCCAGCAAUCUUCGAUAUGCUCCCGUCUCGCAAGUUGCGAACUUCGACCGAUGGAUGCCGCACUCCAGAUUGUGUCACUGAGUACAUGGGCGAAGGAUCUUGGACCGAGUUCAAUUUUGGGGUCUACUGCCCUGAUAGCCCCGACUUUAGAAACACCACAAAGUCCGAAUCGAUUGCGUGGGUCGAGGGCCUCAAGAGGCAAAGCCCGCUCUUCGGUGGUCCAUUUGCUUUGUCGUCGAUGUUUGUCUGCGCAGGGUACCCGAUCCGGCCAAAAUGGCGCUUCGACGGCCCGUUCAGAGGCAAGACCAAGGUCCCGAUGCUUUUCAUUGGGAACUCGAUGGACCCCGUCGCGCCUCUUGAGGGCACAAAGCUGAACAUCGCUGGCUUCGAGGGUGCUAGACUGUUGCAGCAGGACUCUGUUGGACAUUGCUCGGUCAAUGCGCCUAGCCAAUGUACCGUGGGUUAUAUUCGGAAGUAUCUCGUGUCUGGGGAGUUACCGGAGGCUGGCACAGUUUGCCCGGUUGAUUUCUCGCCGUUUGACGACGGAAAACAAGACGAAUAUACAAACUUACAAUGGUUGUCGACUGUUCAAGAUGCUCGUUGCUGUGGCUGGAUUGCAGGCACUCGACAUAAUGUUUGA